UCCAGUUCAGGCCUUGGGCCACUCCGGCAGAACAAGCGACGAUCCGGCAACAAACGCAAGACAAUUUUUUCUGGAUUAGAGUGUUGCGAGUGCCUUUUUGGGCAAUGCCCUAUCUUAAAGCGGCGGUGUCCAAGGAGUUCGGUCAAGUGUUGAAAGAUUUUCCCCCAAAGAAGAAUAAAGCGGCGCCUAGAUUGGUGAACCGACGGUAUGACAUGCAUCCAUCGGCGAAAUCCAGGAUAUCGAAAUCGUUGAAAUUCCGAUCUCCACACGGAUGGCAUAAAGUGGAUAUCGUGACACAGGAAACUCCAUGGUGCCGCGACUGCAGUUGGUACGGUCAUGAUACUGGAGCAUCGGACUGUCCCAAAGCGAGCAGGCCACAAGGACGAUCAUAUUCGGAGGUGGAGGGUGGUGGUUCUUCUACUUCAGCGGCAGGAGGGCUGCCGCCGGAGGGGGGACGUCCGCGGGGGGCGGCGGCGGGUGGUCCUUCAGCACCAGCGGGAGGAGGCUUGCCGCCGGUGGGAGGACCUCCACCAGGAGGGCCUCAGCCGCUGGGGAACAAUCCGGGUGGUUCUUCUGCUUCAGCGGCAGGAGUGCCGCCGCCGGUGGGUGGACGCCCGCCGGGGGCGGCGGGUGGGCCUCCAGCACCAGCGGGAGGAGGCUUGCCGCCGAUGGGGGGACCUCCACCGGGAGGGUCCUCGCCCGGGGGGCCUCUGCCUGGAGGACAUCAGCCUGUGGGGAACAAUCCGGCUCUCCAAGAACAUGGUUCUUCUGUCUCGGUGGCGGGAGGAUUACCUCCGGUGGGGGGACCUCCGCCGGGAGGGGAAACGACAGGAGGAAUGAACCCGCGUCAGCAGAGUGGAGGAAACCUUUCACAUGAGCCUGCGCCUUUGCCUUCACCAGCUGCCACGCUGUCACCUACUAUCGGAGAGGGCCUUCCCCCACCAGUUUCGCCAUUGCCUACAGCUUCGUCAGUGCCUCUGGGAAUGCCUCUACCAGCUGUUCGAGAUGGGCAUCUCCUGCCCACCUCGCCUCACCCCACGACUACUGAAGGUGGGAUUCAGCUGCAACUUCGACAGCAGGCACAAGGAAUGACAGUACCAAGAGUUGGACCAGGACGGCUUACCGAGCAACAGCAACUUGGGGGGGAUGAUGGCUACAAGGAGGCACCCCCUCCGACGAAAGAGAUUACGGGAGAGGAAGUGCUUAUACUGCAACAGAGAGAUCCGUACCAAUCGCAGCGCAAAAAAGUGACCACAGGGGGACUAAGGCAGCAGCAACCGGGCCCUUACGAUCGGCCUUCUCAGGAUCGCCGUACCUUAGCAGAUGCGUCUCAAGCAAGAUCUGUUUCUUGGGCAGAUAUGACAGACACGGCUACACAGCCGGAGGGGUUGCAGCCAACAGACUUGCGGAGUGCCGCUCCUCUGUCGCAGCAACCAACAACACUCCAAGAAGAACUGCACUUGCAGCAUCGACAACAACUCCAGCCGACAGAGAUCAGACAACCGCUUCGAUCCCAGGUGUAUCCUGGCUCGAUUACAGAAGCAAUAGCGGCGGGAAAACCAUGGGUUGUCGUGCCGCUGGUCUUCACUGCUGUCGAUGGGCUUAUGCAGUUGUUGACAACAGUUUCUGCAGUGGCCGCUCUGACGAUCCCGCACUUUGAGUUGCACGAAGAUCCGUCCCCGCAAGUCGUGCUACGAGAGGUGGUGGGCUCUAGAGGGGGAGUUGCGAUUUUGUUCUCUCGCAACUUCCCCUUCUCGGUGACAGACUACGAUAUGGAUUUUGCGGGGAAAUGGGUCUGGGUGAGAUUUACGACGGUCUUGUCGGAUAUCAUUCACCCAUCUCAGACGCGGUUCAUACCAGGGAGACAGAUAUUGCAUAAUGUGAUGAUGGCGGAAGAGAUAGUGGAACUGGUGCUUUCAGGGGAAGACCAGUAUGCAAUAGUGUUGUUGGAUCUGGAGAAGGCCUAUGAUCGUGUAGGCUGGGAGUUUCUGCAAGCCACUCUCACAGCAUUUGGGUUUGGGCCGAGAUUCAAAGCAGGCAACAUUUCCACUCAGAAGAAGAUCCCGAUUGCCCGAGCCGGAAAAGAACCUCUUAUGCAGACAAGGGAUGAGCCCGAGGGUAGUGGGUGGGCCCUCCGACCGGACGAAGAGGACAUAUGGGAGAAGGUGGUACCCCCUCGAGGGAUUGAAAAGGUCCUCCCCGAACCAGGGCUCGAUCGUUACAUGGAAGUGGACAAGGAGGGUGGAGAUGGCUCUGGAAAGGGAGAGGGAGGAAGAGGGAAUGGGGACGAGGAUUUAGGAGAGGACGGGGAAGAUCAGAUGGAUGAGGACAUCUUGAGGGGUCGAGAGAAAAGGAAACGGAAAGAAGAGGAGGAAAGUCAGGGAGACUCAGAAGCAGAGGAUACACGGAAAGGGGGAAAAACAGACGAAGCAGAUAGAGAAGACGAAAAGGAGAAUGAGAGUGAAGAAGAAGAGAAAUGCCAAAUACAAAAAUGGGAAGACUCCUUCUCGCUGAGUGACGAGAGUGAUGGGGAAGAGGAGGGGGAGGAAGAGGAAGAGGGAGCUAAAAUUGGUCUUACGGCCCUGGCCGGCAUCCCGCCACCGUGUAUGAUAACGCUACUUUUGGUACGGAAACCCCAGCCAAGAGAGUCCCUUGCAACGGACCUUUGCUCCCCUCCCGCACACAAGCGGUUAUCGGGUAGCUGAAAAUUCAUGAAUGAAAAUUCUGAAGUGAG